AUGGACUCCCCUUUAACCCAGCUGCUGAGGCCCGACUCGUUUGAGCCCAAGAUCGUCCAGCUGUAUCUUCAUUUGUUCAAUGUGCUUGCUAACGAAGAUGUGGACGACGCCGUGCCCUCCGAGGGCUUCUGGCGGGAGUUCUUUCUUCUCAAGCCUGACAAGCAGAGGCUAUAUGACAUUCUUGAGCCCUUGACCGCUUUCGACCUGCUUCAUAUGCAAGCUCAGACACAGGCCUUCUUCAAGCGCGCAGUUCUGGAAUCUGGCUCCGGUGUUUGUCCUAGAAACGAAAACGCACUCGAGAACUUGACGGCUUUCCUGUGUGCCGUCUUCACCAAAAGGUACACCAACCCAAAUACCGACGUGAUCGAAGUGCUAGCCGGUCUGGAUGCCAUUGACAGGUUGAUGUCCGACCUGGUCCAGAGUCUCGAAUCCAUUAUUCGGCAGGAGGCCCAGGAGACCAUCCGCACGAGAGCCCUCCGCACAGUGCUUGCAUUGGUGUCUGGGGGCUUUCACACGAGUCUCGUCUCCUAUUUUAUGCACCGAGAUCUCUUUUCGGCCCUGAUGAAGUAUGUCCAUGACAUCCACGACAAACCGGCUCACGGACUCGAUGCAUUUAUAGUCAUCGGCAUCUUAUCGAGCUACAACAAAUUCGAGUCGCAGAAUGUGUACCAUAACCGGCUCGAAGACUUCGUCAACGAGGACACCAUUCGUCUUCUGGUCCACAACUUUGCAAGGGCUGCUGCGGCUAUCCGAGAUCAGUAUGUCGCCGUUCAGGAUGACUAUCCCGUACCCUGGAGUUUCAGCAGCACUCUAGCCAUGGUUGGACUCCGGGGCUUAUCAGCUGAUGCGAAAAAGCCGUUGCCACCUACAGAAGAAGAGGCUAAACGUUUGUUCACGUCACUGCCCCACGAAAACGCAGCGUGUAUCCUCCCUUUGUAUUCAUUUGUCCACGCAAACAAAUUGUUUGCUGCCAACUUGCUGAACAUGUCUGUUGACAAGGAUAAAGAGGCCCCCUUCUCUGCAUUCUUGUCAUCGACAUCAUACAUAUCACACCAUGCCUACCGUGGGCCACGACAGGCAACUUAUGCCACGCUCAGUCUUUUGUCAAUCAGGAUCAUGGUGGAGGACUCAGUCCUAGCAAAGAGAAUAUGCUCAGCAGAUUCCAAGAGAGUUAUCCGACUGUGCCGCCAAAGACCCCCACAUCUACCGCUGAUCACCUCCGCAAGAGUACCAGCGACAGCCAUCUUAGACAUCUGCACCGACACGCUCAGCCAUAAUCUCCGGAAGAGACUGGAUGUUCAUCUCUAUGGACUCGCUUUGGGCAUUAUGCUGAGAAUAGUCACCUACCUUGAACAAAGCAAGUCUCGCCUACAACAUCAUUGGGCAUACAUAUGGGGCUCACUUCUCUCUCUGAUGCGGUUCUUGACGCAGUAUGCAGAUGAACUCAAACAUCUGAGGGGAAUCCGGGAGGACCUAUGCGGCACUCUGGCAAGCCUGGCGGCGUUUUGCCUGUCCAAAGGUGAUGCGUUUUUGCCAGACCCGGCAAGUUUUGACGACCUGUUUUACAAGCUUAUUGAGGCGAACGAUGUGCUUCCCAGGUUCAAACAGGCUUACUCUGAUCCGUCACCGAGGUUCGAUGCUGUGAACAGGUCAAUUGACGCAUUGAUGAAUGUGUCGUCACACUACCACGAGCUUCUGAAAGCACAGCAUGGCAGGAAGACACAUCAGUCUCCAGCUGCAAUCCAGAAAGUCAUCAAGGAAGGCUAUGAGACCUUGAAUCUGGAGGCGGAUGAAGACUUUGGACGCUGGGAGAGGUGGCGUGAAAACCGCUGGAAGGCGGAGCUGAAGAAAACCAUUAGGGUUGCUGUUGAAGAUUCUAGGAUUCUAUCACUUAAAGGGUAA